CACAUUUUCUUGAGUUUACUGGUGAACAUCGUCGACCAGCCUCGACAAAUUCCGACACGAAACGCCUGCCGCUUUCUCACCAACGCGACUUUCUUGAUACCAAAAUUAUCAUCAUAAAAGUUCCAUUUCCACCCGAUUACCCUCAUUAUGUCUGCCGAAAAAAGACCGGCGUCCGACGAGCCUGGCGCGGGCCAGAUGAUCGUGAAGCGCCAGAACGUGGGAUCGUCAACAGGAGCGCUGGCGAGGCUCAAUGCCUCGGGAAAGAGCAGCGCAUUGGUUCAGACGGCUCCCCGAACAAGCAAUCUGCAGGCACCAGUCAUGGAGCUCUCCGGCCACUCGGGCGAGAUCUUUGCCGCCAAGUUUGAUCCUACCGGAAACUUCAUUGCUUCCGGUUCGAUGGAUAGAAGUAUCUUGUUGUGGCGGACAUACGGCGACUGCGAAAACUAUGGCGUUCUUACUGGCCAUCGCGGCGCUGUCCUGGAUCUUCAAUGGUCCAGAGACUCUAAGAUCGUAUAUUCGGCUUCGGCCGACACACAUCUAGCAAGCUGGGAUCUUGAGAACGGUACGAGAAUACGAAGGUACAUUGGGCAUGACGAGAUUGUGAACACGAUGGACAUCAGCAAACGAGGCGAGGGCAUGCUGGUGAGCGGUAGCGACGAUGGCACAAUAGGACUUUGGGACCCGAGAUCAAAGCACGCGGCGGAUCAUAUCGAGACAGAGUUCCCCAUCACAGCCAUUGCCAUGUCUGAGGCUGGGAACGAAGUCUACUCAGGCGGCAUCGACAACGACAUCAAGGUCUGGGACAUACGCAAGAAGUCAGUUGUGUACUCCAUGCUUGGCCACCAGGACACGGUCACCUCCCUCCGAGCAUCUCCGGACUCGCAAUCGCUGCUUUCAUUUGCCAUGGACUCCACGGUGAGAACAUGGGACAUUCGUCCAUUCGCACCAACAGACAGACAUAUCAGAACAUUUGAUGGCGCUUCCGUGGGGCUCGAGAAGAACCUCAUUCGAGCCAGCUGGGAUUCUGAGGGCAAAAAGGUAGCUGUUGGUUCGGGCGACGGCACUGCCACUAUUUGGUCCAGUGAGACCGGCAAGCUCAUGUACAAGCUUCCUGGACACAAGGGGACUGUGAACUGUGUCGAGUUUGCGCCUGGCACGGAACCCAUCGUACUUUCUGCGUCAUCUGAUCGCAACAUGCUUCUCGGAGAACUGCGGUGACAAAACCACAUCUUUCAGAAAUCUAAUCCCUCGCAUCUCCGAAGACACUCCUGUUGGUGUGUACGGCCAUGCCUGAGGGGCAUCCGGCUCACGUCUGAUCCGCCGAUGAUUGGGGUUAUAGCAGGCGAACAACGACACUAUCUUCUCACGGAAGAAAGAGCACCCAUCACCAACGAGCCGUGCAUGAUCAGUCGAGUCCGCCAAUGUCAAAGCGGAACCGUUGCGACCCAACAAACGCGGCAUUUUGACAUCUGCAUGGUACAAUGUAAUGUUUGGACGAUGGGGACAAGAAGUGACUGGUGUGUUAUUGAAGGAAGCGGCCUAACCUGUGGGACUCCUGGAACUAUAUGUCUGUUGGCGGAUGCGGUAACGGCCGCCUCGAUACCCUUGAAUCGCCGAUUCUGGCAAGUUGCUCGGAAGCCUCGUUGAGGAUGGCGUACGUAGUCCGAAGGGAAGACAUUUGCCAGCGAGUGACACGGCCCACAGGAACCUACGUCUGGUGUGUCUCCACUGGCUCUCGGUGACAACCCUGAGACAACCUGGCAAGAUUCACUUUAUUAUGAGAAACGUGGCUUUGGCACUGUGACUUUGGCGAGGAACGACUCUCGUACAAGCGAGGCCGUGGAAUAACGCUUGGCAUAUGGUGAGUUGCGGGGUGCUUGCACAUAGGUAGCCGAGGCAUCGCCACAUCGUCCGGAUCUCGUUCCCAAUCAGUCCGCAAGGCUGCGACAAAAGGGUGGGCAUGACAGCUGCCGUACACCCUGAGUAGUGAGCGGGGACUGUUUUUUGACUGCUCGGGCUGGAAAAGUGUCACUUAAAGCCAGUCUUGGGCGGAUUGGGCUUUGCUGCGGUUAUCAUUUGUGACACAGCUCGCGGAUUACGAGAUCCUGCUUCUGGUAUGCGCUGUCAUGGGCGGACCCAACGAUCUUUUUUCAAUUUUGAAAGAGACAGGAAGCUUACCGGCAGCCAGAGACGCACCGUCUUUCGACUCAAGGGGCUGUUAAUGGGACGUAGGAUUCAGGCGUGUCAAUGGAGUGAUGUGCAACAUCGGACGGACGAUGAGGUCAAAAGUGGCAAUGAGAUAUAGACCUGAUGCAUCCGCCUCACAACGGCCAUGAUGGCGCAUGCCGGAAACGUUGCGAUUUUCUACUCAGGGGGCCGUGAAUUGUGAGAUAAUGGUCUAGAGACGCAUUUUAGUUGCUUCGAACGACCGUAUUCGCACCUUAUCUAGGCUAUCCAGCGCAAGUAACAACCCCCCCGCCCCGGCUCGACGUUUGUUCUACACAACCUAAUAAUACUGUUAUCAUGUCAUGAGGCACCCUGACUGGAAGUGGAUGCUGGAGAACAGCAGCCCCAUGUAGGAGACGGGGGGGACUUGACAGUGCCCUUGAAGUAAAGAUUGGCUCGUCUUCAAACAUGUAUACAUACAGCU